UCUUAAAUUGACAUUGGUCUGGCUCGAAACAUGAUAACAGAAAAGCCUUCCUCCUCUCCGCGUUGUCGGGCUGCCCUCAACCCCGAUCACUUGAAACUCAAAUAAGCAGGCGCUGGGAGGAAAGAGGGGAUCGCACAGUAUCCUGUCAGCGGGUGCUCAGAGGGAAUAACAAGAGACCUUUAUACCGCACACACCCUUGUAUGUGCCCUCGCGCAUCGCAGACCUCAGAAAGUGGGAAAAGCGCUCGUGUUCAACUACAGUGAAAGUUAACAUGUAUGUGCACGCUUUGAUACGCGCAAGCCUUGGAUUUGUAGGUUUCUGCCUGGUCGCCUUUGUCCAGCAAUCUGCUUCAGGAAGUAAAACCACUCAAGAUGUGGACGAAUGUGCGGAGGCGCUUGACAACUGCAGCAUCGAUGCCAUCUGCCAGAACACCCUGAAGUCAUACAAAUGCAUCUGCAAGUCCGGCUAUAAAGGAGACGGCAAACAUUGCGAAGAUGUCGACGAGUGUGCGACCGAAUACAACGGUGGCUGUGUCCACGAGUGCAUCAACAUCCCUGGAAACUACAGGUGCACAUGCUACGACGGCUUCCGCUUGGCGCACGACGGGCAUAAUUGUCUAGAUGUGGACGAGUGCUCGGAAGGCAACGGCGGAUGCCAGCAGAUUUGUGUCAACAUGAUGGGCAGCUACGAGUGCCGGUGCCGAGAAGGCUUCCUUCUGAGUGACAACCAGCAUACCUGCAUCCAGAGACCUAAAGUGCAAGCAGAAGGCACAAAGGAGGGACCCACCUGCAUGGACAAGAAUCACGGGUGUGCGCACAUCUGCAGGGAGACGCAGAAGGGUGGCAUCUCCUGCGAGUGUCGACCUGGAUUCCAGCUCACCCGUAAUAUGAAGGACUGCAAAUUGACGUGCAACUACGGAAAUGGGGGUUGCCAGCACAUCUGCGAGGAGACGGACAGCGCCCCCAAGUGCUCCUGCCACAUGAAGUUCGUCCUGCACAGCGAUGGAAAGACUUGUGUAGGGGAGAGGGAGAGAAGUGUCCAGUCCCAGGCUGCCCCACAGCUGUUCCCUAAUGAGACCUGCGCAGUGAACAAUGGCGGCUGCGAUAGCACAUGUCAUGAUUCAGUGACAGGAGUCCGCUGCAGCUGUCCCGUUGGCUUCACUCUGCAGCCGGACCGCAAGACCUGCAAAGACAUUGACGAGUGUCGCCUCAACAACGGGGGGUGUGACCACGUGUGUCGAAACACAGUGGGUAGCUUUGAGUGCAGCUGCAAGAAAGGCUACAAGCUGCUAACCAACGAGAGAACCUGUCAAGAUAUUGAUGAAUGCUCCUUCGACCGUGCUUGCGACCACUUCUGUGUCAACUCUGCCGGCAGUUUCCAGUGUCUUUGUCACAAAGGCUAUGUCCUCUACGGCCUGGCGCACUGCGGAGAUAUUGAUGAGUGCAGUAUAAAUCGAGGAGGUUGUAAAUAUGGCUGCAUCAACACUCUGGGGAGCUACGAGUGUACCUGUCCACCAGGGUACAAGCUGCACUGGAACAAGAAAGACUGCGUUGAGCUGGUGAAAUGUGCUCCUGGUCUGGUGGCACCAAAGGCCACUCUGACUUGCAGCAAGACGGGCAAGAAAGAGAGCUGCUCUCUCACCUGUGCUUCUAAGGCUCACUAUCUGGCAGAGUCUGAUAACAGCUACUCAGUCAGCUGUGGUAUCCCGAUUCUCAGAGGGAAGUCUCCUGCCAGGCUCAACUCCAGCAGCAGUCAGAGCUGCAUAGAGACUCUGGCCCCUCCAGUGAAGCAGACGGCUUCUUUCAAGAUCAAAAACGCCAAAUGUCACCUGCACCCUAAGGUCACCGGAAGGACAGAGGACAGGGGGCGCACACUAGGACCAGGUGGGGGGCAGCCCUGCAGCAAUUGCCUGGUGACGUUUGUCAACCUCAAAUGUGACUCCUCCAAGAGAUCCAAAGGGCGACGUGCUCGCAACCCCUCUAACAAAGAGGUAACGCGCAUUACUUUGGAGCUGGAAGCUGAGGUCAAACCCGGAGACACCACAGGGAGCUGCAAUCUGAGCUGCCUGAGACAGCGCAUGGAGAAGCAGGUUAAGACUUACAUCAAGGCUCUGAAGAAGUCCAUCAAUCAGGAGCGCUUCCUGAUCCGGGUUGCCGGUUUGGAAUAUGAGGUGGCUCAAAAACUUCCCCAAGCGGCUCCUGUUCCGGAGAACUGUGGCCCAGGCUGGGAGAGGGACAGUGGGCGAUGUGUCAGAUGUCUGUCGGGGUCUUACUACCACGGCGAGCAGGAGCGUUGCGUUCAGUGUCCACCUGGAACUUUCCAGGAGAGGGAGGGGCAACUGGCCUGUGACCUCUGUCCUGGCAGCGAUGGCCAUGGACCUGUUGGGGCACGAAAUAUCUCAUCAUGUGCAGGUCAGUGUCCUACCGGGUACUUCUCCAGCGAUGGGUUCAAACCCUGUCAGCCGUGCCCUCAAGGCUCCUACCAGCCGGAUUUGGGAAGGACCCUCUGCUUCCCCUGUGGAGGAGGCCUGAGCACAAAGCGGGAAGGUGCCAGCUCUUUCCAUGACUGUGAAGUCAAAGUUCAGUGUUCCCCGGGUCACUACUACAAUACCACGGUGCACCGGUGUAUCCGCUGCCCAGUGGGAACCUAUCAGACAGAGUUUAGACAGAACUACUGCAUCUCCUGUCCGGGAAACACCACCACUGAUUUUGACGGUGCCACGAGCGUCUCACAGUGCAAGAACAGGCAAUGCGGUGGUGAGAUGGGAGAGUUCAUGGGUUACAUUGAGUCACCGAACUACCCUGGCAAUUAUCCCGCUAACGUGGAGUGCAUCUGGAACAUCAAUCCACCCAGCAAACGCAAAAUCCUUAUCGUGGUGCCAGAGAUUUUCCUGCCUUCAGAGGAUGAGUGUGGAGACGUGCUGGUUAUGAGGAAGAACUGGUCGGCUACGUCCAUCACCACCUAUGAGACGUGUCAGACCUACGAGCGGCCCAUCGCCUUCACAGCUCGCUCCAGACGUCUCUGGAUUAACUUCAAGUCCAAUGAGGCCAACAGUGCCAGGGGCUUUCAGAUCCCCUACGUUACUUAUGAUGAGGAUUAUGAACAGCUCGUAGAGGACAUUGUGCGAGAUGGCAGACUCUACGCCUCAGAAAACCACCAAGAAAUCCUCAAGGAUAAAAAACUGAUUAAGACUCUUUUUGAUGUGCUGGCUCACCCAAACAACUACUUUAAGUACACCACUCGGGAGUCCAACGAGAUGCUUCCCCGCUCCUUCAUACGACUCAUAAGCAGCAAAGUGUCCGCUUUCCUGCGACCAUAUAAGUAAAAGCCACGCGGCCGCUGACGCACCGGAUCGCCACCCCUCCCCCAGCAUCCCCCUCCACCUUACAGGCCACGUCCCCUAACACUCACAGGACUUAAACACACCGACCGUACUAGUAUGUUUGCCUUCUUAUUUUCCAUAGGCUUUGCCAAUAAACACUACGCAGACCUGAGAAAUACCCCACACCAUUUGUCGGUUUCCGUUCAGCACAGGUCUGCACUUCCCGAGCUCGAGCAAUUAGGCGGGGAUGUAAAGUAUGUGAGUGGGUUUGGUUUCUGUUGUGAUGUGUAAAAAGAAGCCACAAAGAAACAACAGGAACUCCUGUUUCAGAUGGUAGGAGUGACGUUUUGUGUGUGUGUGUGUGCACGCGUGUAUGUGUGUGUGCGGUUUGAGCUUGAUGGAGCCUGUUAUUGUGUUUGCUUAAAUGAACGGCCCGAGUUCCAGCCCCAUCUCCUACCAUUAAGUAUGACUGUACGUGUUGUGCAAGUGUUGUGUAACUCUGGUUCCAUCUUCGUUGUCUGUGUGCUGUCCUCGAGGAGGAGCAGUUGUAAAGUUCACGUGACGGCUGCGUUCCAGGUCACUCAGAGCCUGACUAUUUGAGCUCUUAGAGCGGUUUCACUGUUAAAACAGUUCAUCUAUGUUUUUGUUCCGUCUGUUUAGACUGUACCAGCGGUUUUCCAGCCCUCACAUCGUUUCUGUUGCUCUUUUCAGCUUAAGGCAAAUACAAAAAGGGGUGGUUUAUCAUUCCGAGAACACAGUGGACAUUUGGGAGAUAAUUCAGCUGAUUAUUGUGAGAGGCCACAGAAAUAAGAUAAUGUGAUGUUUAGUGGGAAAUGUCUUUGAGGGACAUUAUGUUUGCUGCUUCUUUUAAAAGGUCACUUUAAUUCUUCAGUCUCAUAUUGUCUUUCUGAUGUAUUCUACACACUAAUAAUCUGUAGGUUUGAAACAAAGGGAAGCUCCGAAUCUGAAAUAGUUCUUACACCCGGUAACUCAAUAGUCUCACAUUUGCCUGUCUAUGGAAUAUCAGUUUUGUAGUGUUUUUAUUUCAGUCUUGUAAAUAAUGAAAAUAAAUUAGACGAGGGUUAAAUUAUUUAAUCCUAAUUUAUUUACGCAGGGCACCCACCACCCCCUAAAAUUAAAAUCACUUUCCGCCCCAGAUGUUCCACCAAUCUCAAAUCCAAAGACACCCAGUAACCAACCAACCCCCACCCCCCCUCGCAUUUAGUUCUGUCCCAAUGAAGACAGCUCUUCCAAAGACCGGGUCACGUUUUGUGCACUACAUUUAGAAUGUGUCAUCAUUUUUUUUUUUUUUUUUUUUUGUUAGCGCAAUGAAUGACAAUUCAUUUGUGACGCACAAGGAAACUUGGUUUGGGCUGCGGUCUUGUUGAGGCUCAUUGUGUUAAAUAGGCAGAAAACUUAACUGUAGUUACUCUAAAAGGAAUAGUAAACAGUAUUUGGUGUGAAAACAAAAAAAGAAAAAACAGGGUAAAAUAAUUUAAAUCGCUUGAUUUAAAUUGAGAAAAAAACGUUUCAACGUGUUGGGUAAUGUGCUUAUUUGCUUUUGCAGAGAAUUAGUUAAAACUCUUCCCUGAAAUAUGGGGCAGUCGAGUGUUGACAUUCAAUAAAAACGGUUAAGAGUGGAAAGUAGUUAGCCUGCCCCCUGUCCAGACAAUAAAAUCUGCCUACAGCGUCUUUAAAUCUCACCGACGUCUCACGAAAAAACAAGCUCUGGUUUUUAGAGCUUUUAGAUGCCAGACUAUUUAAUCAUGCACAGUGGCUACGUUUAUUUUUUCAACCCAAUUAAAAUAAAUCUGAUUGGAGACUCCGACAUAACAUGGAUGCUAAAUAAAGUUAUGCAAUAAGAUAUAAGUGGACUUUGACAUUAAUGCACGGAGAAAGACAUUUUCCCCACCAAAUUCCUUCAAACAACUUCUACCACCAUGUUUCCAACCAUCCCAGAACCAUGAAAAUCCUGAUGUUGACCCUGUGUGGGGAAAACAUGGACAGAACGAAUGUAUUAAUUCCAACCACAAAUACCAUAGCAUCAAGCUUUUACUACCGCGCUAGUGUUUUCCUAUUGAAUGUAUCAAGGUUUGACAACUUAUUCUGAUUAGGCCUUUUUUCUUAUUAGUGGGAUCAGGGCGCCCAUGCAAACAACCUCCUGGUGACCUCACAUUUGUUACAUUUACAUUUGUACCCACAUCAAUCAGAACAGAUUGGCUUGAUUAGGAGUGUUUAGACUGAAGUGGUGUAAUAAUUUAUUGAAUAAGAAAAAAAAAAAUAACCCUGUAAUCAUGUUUCUCCCUUUUUGGCAUAAGUACUUUGCUUCAGCAGAUGUUUGUCCCACAUGGAUCAAACUGUGAUGAGUUUCCAGGAGGGACAUACGUCUCUAAACAACCAGUAGUUUGAAUUUAUUCUGUAGACGAAACGUGACAAAGAUGAACUCAACGUUGCUGCCCACGUCGUUCAAAAGUAACAAUUAUGGCAGAUUCAACUCUGCACAGCAGACAAAGUUAUUAUCGAUGUUUUGUGGCAUGUAGGCACAUGAGAUCAUUUUAAUCAGCGUUAAGUUGGAGUCUCUAAUCAGAAUAGUUUCAAUCAUGUUGAAGAAAUAUUACACACAGAAACAAAGCCAGUGACACCAGGACUCUUGAAAGCAUGAAAGGGAAUAAGCACAUUUCCCCUAAAAAUCUACGUGCUAUUCCACCACUGCAGUCAGAUUGGUGUAGAUGACUUGAUGGUCAGUGGGCAAGUGACUUAACGUGGAUAUUUAUCCGUCAACUGAAUCAUUUAUAUGUAAAUGAUGGGGGGGGGGAGUAUCCACUCAUGUAAAUAAAAAUAAGUGGGAUAGUUCACUUCGUAUUGUGUACAAAAAUAUAAAAAGUUUAGGAUGACAAAGGGCCGAGGAAGUGACUAGAAGUUCUCAGUCUGAUUCUAGAAGUCAGACUCACAUAUUUACAUACGCGCAACAAAGUGCGUUCACUCAAUCCAUGUGCCCUCACUCAGAAAAAGAAAUAAGCCCCCACCUCUUCAACCAGAAUCGACUUCUUUCCUGCAACCGGAUUUGUUUUUGUUCGUUUUUUUUUUUUUUUUUUUUAAAUUGUUGCCUUUUAAAACGAGAGUUUGCUAUGAUGUAUCGGAGUUGAUAAUGAUAUUUGCACUUGAAAUGUUUAAUGCUCAUGUAAAGAAAUGUCUGGAUUUUUUUUGUAUUGUCUUUUUAAAUGAAUGGAAUUGGUGUUCUUAUUUUUUUCCCCAUUGUAGCUUGUUUGUUCAUGAAAUGCUCACUCACUGUUUAGUCUAUAGAGAUGAUACACAUAACAUUAUCAACUGUAAAAAAAAAGAAAAAAAAAGAAAAAAAACUUAUGUACAGAGGUGAAUGAAACAAGUUUGUACUUGUCACUGCCCAAGACACUUAUCAAAAUAAACAUACUGUACUUCA